AUGAGCGCAAACGACGCAGCAGUUGCCGGCCAGCACGGCGAAUUCCGUUCCAGAGUAGCUCCCAGCGAGCCUCUCCAGAGUGGUGGUCACCAACCUGGCAAGCUCGUCGGCAACGACGCCGUGCCUGAAUUCAGCACACAAACACUGCCCGCUGGAACGGCUCCUGCCUCAUCAACUUACACCCCUAACCCCGACCUGAACAACCAGAAGAUGUACCAAGACGCGUCUUCUACCAUCGGAGGCGCAACCUCUGCCGACGUGCAUACUGGUCUUGGGCAUCCAGGCUCAGGUCAGACGUCGUCAGAGUUGCAUGGUACCGGAAAGAGAGACCGGACGGGUCUGACGGGUACGACGUCGACAAUGGAGACCAACGACAAGGUUACCGGGAGGGACCCAAAAUUCGCCAACCAGAGAAAUCUGGAAGAGGACGUGCCUGCUGGACAGAGGGGUAACGUUGGAGGACCGCCAGCGCAGGAGAGAGAGCCCGAGACUGCGAAUACAGUUGCGAGGGAGAGCGCAUCCUAA